UGCUGCACACAAAUCGCUCGCUCAUCACAGGUUGCUUGGGGCUUAGUGAAAAGGUCGUCAUUCUCACCGCUGUCUCUCGUCGUCGGCGUCGCGUGCGCAAUCCGUACCGUACUAAGCAUAAACUAGCGACGGCUAUCCGCGAAAUACAAAAUACAAGACACAAGUGCCCAUCAUACACAAGUGUCGCCUAAUUGGAUUACAAUGCUCAAGUGUUGCCUGUUCGGAAGGGCUUUCAAGUAGCACAAAACUCAUUUAAGAGUCCGGUUAACCGUUUAUUGGAUACACCACUUAUAUCGUCAAAUAUCUGGAUUAAAGACGCUGGUUCAUUUGGAAUAUGGUUGUUAUAAAUGGCUACAACUUUAAGUCGCAGCAACUUCUCACACAGCAGCCCGAUCAUUCUCAGCACGCCCAGUUCGCCCAGUCCCAUAGUCAGGGUCCGGAUCCGGGCCACAAUCCAAGUCCUGGUCAGCAGCAGGCAGGUGGAUCCAUGACCAUGCCGGCGGCGUCGGGGGGCAAGGGAAAGCGGGAGUGGGACAUCAACGAUGCCAUUGUGCCGCAUGUUCCCGACCAGGAGUUCGACGAGUUCAACGAGUGGAGCGAUGGCCACGUCCGGCACAUUUACUCGCUGCACAACGAGGAGGCCAAGAAGCACAUCUCCGGCUGGGCCAUGCGCAACACGAACAACCACAAUGUGAACAUCCUGAAGAAGAGCUGCCUGGGCGUGCUGGUCUGCUCCCAGCACUGCACCCUGCCCAACGGAUCCAAGAUCAAUCUGCGUCCGGCCAUUUGCGACAAGGCGCGUCGGAAGCAGGAGGGCAAGGCCUGUCCCAACAAGAGUUGUCGUGGCGGCAGACUGGAGAUCAAGCCGUGUCGCGGUCACUGCGGCUAUCCGGUGACCCACUUCUGGCGGCACUCCGGCAACGCCAUCUUCUUCCAGGCCAAGGGAGUGCACGACCACCUGCGUCCGGAUCCGAAGAACUCCAGCGUUUCCAAGAGGGCCUUUGGCAGGGUGCCGCUGGGGGGAAAGUCCGCCAACGGAUCGGUGGGCAAAAAGUCGGUUAUUGCGGGUCUGGUCAAGCAGGUGAAGCAGCAACAGCACAGUCUCAUGAGCAAGGUCCUUAAGCGUCCUGCUGCCAGUAAUCCUUUGAGCCACUCCGCCUUGGAUAUAUACCAGUAUAAUGCUUGUGGCAAGUGCACCAGCUACAGCCACUGCACCUGCAGCUACCUGGAGGACACCAGCACCACGGCGAGGAGCCACCAAUUGUCGCAGUCCUCGAAUUACGGCACCAACUCCUGGCCCCUGAGUGGAUCCGAGUCCUCGGCGCCCUGCGAGACCGCCGCGAAUGUGUUCACUGUCAACCACCAGCACAUCACGUACAACUAUCCCAUCUACCAUGCAACUCCGACGGCGGCGACUGCAGCUCCCAGUAAAUCACCCAGUUUGCCGUACACCUGCAGCAUUUCGGAACUGGCCGCAUACCAGCAAUCCUCGAGUGGGAACGCCUACUCGAUGGGGGCUCCGGUCCAUGGACACACCCAGUGUCAGGCACUGGCCUACGAGUCCAGUCCGCAACUGGCCACUCCGGAGCCGGAGUUCAUCAACUACUCGCAGAUCAAGCACUUGGGUGGUGGUCAGGAGGAGAUCAGCUGCAAAGGAGAGCCGGGGGCGGGUCUGCCGCCCACCAUAAAGUACAACGCCACCGUGGAGACACAGCCGUAUGUGGAGGACAACUACGACUACUACUACAGUCCCAAGGCGGAGUACGAGAUGCAGCAGCACCACCAACACCCACAGCACCUCCAGCAGAGCCACCAGCAAUUCGGGGGAAACCAAUCGACGGGUCACCACUACUACGAAAGCGGGAGUGGUUACAAUGGUGUUAGCUACUUUGACACGGGAACCACCACAGUGCCACCGGGAAAUACCGCGACCGGAAACAGCCUGGACACCGGAUACGGAAGCUACUACGAUCAUUAUUCCAGCUACGAGCAACAAAUGGCGGUAGCUAGUGGAUUUGCCACUGCGGGAGGAUCAAGUGUCCCGACAGUUGCCCCGCCCCCAGGCCAUCCACCGCCUCCGCCUCCUCCGCCCACGCUAACGUACCACCAUCACCACCACCACCACUUGCACCACUCGGCGGCAACGACGGCGCUUGCACCAUCGGUCACCCAUUGAAUAGUACUUAACGAUUCCGGACGCCGGAGCAUUACUCAUAGUGGAUAGCCUAGCAUAGUACCAUAGUGUUAGGAUUAGUUGUGAAAUCUUAAUUUCCAUCUGUACGCGUAGUGUUACACCAUUUUCUCAU